GUUUUCAGCACUGCCGGCCCCGUGCCACGUUGUAACUGUGCAGUAUGUACUUGUAGCAAGGAAGUAUUGAUUUUUGCGAGAAGUAUUAAAUCCGAUCCGCCGCCGACGUCAGUUCAUACUAGCUUGAAUUCAGACCACGACUGCUGCUUUCUGUGGUUCCACUUCCGCAGCAAGUUUCUCUUUCACAUGCAAAGAGAAAGAUGGUCGAAACCAAUCCCGGCACGCCAUCGUCUGCAGCGAAAUCUAUGAAGCUUUUCCGUGGUCUUUUUCGAGGUCAGCUGACAGUUCCACGCCCGACUCGAGCGCAGCUCGCUGCGAAAGAAACCGCAGUAGGGCCAGUUUUUCCGACUCCGGCGACAAAAUCCUUUCCCUCCUCCCCGCGAACGGGCAACAGUAACACUCUUCAUUUCACCCUUCAAGGCGGCCCAUACGACAGUGUGUGGCUGCGAAUAUGGAACAUCAAAAACGCAGACGCGCGGGAAGGAGCCUGGCCGGCACUGUGGCAGCUCUUGCAGGAGAUAGUAAAGAACGGUGGCGCGAUUCCAAAAAUCGUUGAUCCGGCGAACAACAUCGACCCCGGCGACGCGAAGUCUUUCGCAGGUGCCGCAGAAGUGCCCAGAAUAGAGGCGCCCAAGGCGCUUGCGAGCAAGUGCUAUCCGCUGUACGUUUGUCUCCAGGAGGAUAGUUUGGAGGAGCUGGCGUUGCUGCACCCGUUGAAGAAGCAUGGCUUUCGCUACCACCACGUGUGGCACAACCAAAUGGAUAGACCUGGUAUAGGGCUUUGGCAAUUUGGCAUUCAUUUUCUAGAGAAUGAGGUGCUCGGAUCAUGAGCACUGCCUGGCAGUUCUAAUUUUUCUGUUUUAGUAUCUGUUCGCGACCAACAUGAUUGAAGCCGAAUAAAAUCUUCGACCAGAUACUCCUCCUGAUACCACCACCCCAAAUUCCGGCCCACCGGAAGACAAAACCGCCACGGAGUUCAUAUACUACAAGUGGAUUGGCCGUGAGAAGGACCGGGUCCCGCCCUAUAGCACGACACAGGGCGGGGUUGGCGUUCUGAUUUUUAGCCCGGAUUUGAGCAAGCUGCUGCUCGUGCACGAGUACGGCUGGUGGAAGCCCGUGACGGGGAUGGUCGGCUAUAACGAGACAAAACUGGAGGCGGUGACCCGAGAGUGCUUCGAGGAGGUCGGUGUCCCGAUCGACUUAGAAAAGGGAAUGUAUUUUCUCGGCGGCUGGCACUCCGGAGGCCAGUGGGACAGGGUGAUCAAUGAUGAGUUUUCCACGUUUGCGGUCAUUGCGAAAGCGGAGGAGAUAAAGGUGGACGGGGAGGAGAUCAAGGACGCGCGGUGGGUGGAGGUGGCAAAGAUUCCGACGUCGGUUCCCGAGGCAGGAACAACCGAAGUCGGGUUUCGAAAUUCGCAACCAGAAAUCCAGGUGGAGGGCUUGGGCAGGAUAAACCCGAUGCUGUGUCGCUGGUUGUGGAAUUACAACAACAACAAGGGAUUCCGUUGUCAAUUGCAGGAUGGUGCAGUCGGAGCCACGGACGGGCCGCCGGCGGCACCGAGAUUGUAUAUGGGGUUAUAGGCUUCCUGCGUGCUUGUCUGUGGUAUCGAGAUGAAUUUUCGCUACUGCCGAUAAUUUGAGAAUACAAGAAAAAGAAGACUCGCGCGCAGUAAAAGAUGUUGAAGAGCUUGCGAAUUGGCACCCUCUACCGACAGCGAAGCCGCCUAAUGGUUCGCUUCAAGUACUGGGCGUCGCAACUCCACCACGUGCGUUGUUCUGUGAUGUAAAUAGUUUCAUUUGCACAAGUAGGGAGACGUUCUGCUCUUCGCGCGUUCAGGGUGUUGCGGUUUUUUCUCUAGCCGCCCACUGAUCUUGUGGGCGUCCGUCACUGCCGAGGUCCGUGCGCUUGGUCGCCGUUGCGCCCCGUUGCCGCAGUUGUGGCGGCCCCCGCCGGCACUGCGCGCCCCGAAGCCCCGCGCAGCCUUUAGAUCCAUCGCAGCGCUUUCGUCAUGGCUUUCGUUCCGGGCGAUUCCUGUAUGAGCUCCGCCCCUGCGGCGGCUAUCAUGCUGAGCGAAAAUCUGAAGAAAGGGCGUGGUGCCGUCGCCCGUGGUGGCAUCAGCAUGCAGGCCGGCGCGGGCGAUGGUUCAAAGGCGCGGCCCCUAGUUUUAAACUGGCUGGCGGACGGGGCGCGGGGGGCACGCAGGGGCCCGGCGCCCGCUUGGCGCAUUUCGCGGCCGCCGGCGCCGGUCGCACGCGACGCGUGCGAGGGAGCGCGCGCGCCCGCGGGCUUCGGCGCGCUGGCCCUUCUAGUUCUAUCCUGUUUACUUGAAGCGCCCGCGCCCCCUGUUAGCCCCGCAAGCGCAAGCACCGGGGCCCGCCGCGCCACGCCUCGGAGGGGAGCCGCGGCGCUUCGACAGUAAUAUUCUGCCACUUCGCGGAUGACGGCAACGCCUGGGGCUUCAACUACGACCCGUCCUGUGAAGCCGUGUAUCAGCUGACGCGCGGCGACAUCACUCCCCCCCCCUUGCUGGGCGCCUUCCGAAGCCGGCCCGGGCGGGCGCCGGGGCGGCCAGUUCCUGCGGGAACGGCCGGGCCGGCGCCGGCCGGCGGACGGACCCAGGGGGGGCCGGCCGCUUUUUGUAUCGGCGAUAAUCGCCGGCCCGCCCGCCCCCGCCCCCGCAGCGCGGCCGCCCGCCGCUUCGGUGGAAACAUUCCGGUGGGCCGGCAGGCGGACGUGGCGGCCCUUCUUUGCGCGGCUUACCUAUGGCCUUCGGCCCGGUCCUGAAGCACGGACGCGGCCGGGCGGGCCCGUUUCGUGCCUCGGGGUGGCGCGGCGCCACUCAUUCUUCGUAAGGCGCCCACGCCAAAUCCGUCGCCGCGGCCGGCGCCACGGAAGCCAGCGACGAGGGCGCCCGCGCGGGCCCAGUGAUUUCAGCAUUGUUGGCCUGCCGCCAGAUGGCUCUUAGUCCCCCCUGCUCGGGGGGCAGUCUGACUUGGCGCGCCGCUGCGACACAUACCGCUACCUGAGAUCGGUGCGCCCUGCCCGAUUGAAUGUUUUCUGGGAGCCGUGCCUGAUGCGUAAGAACUCGCUCUGCUUUUCAGUUGUUCUGUGGCGGGCACAAAAAAGUGCGCUGAGUUCUUUUCUUGUGUUUUGUCAGUCUAGAUUCCUACCGCGCUUUGUCGGUAAUUUGCGAUCACAUUUAAUAUUUGAGCAUUGACCACAUCCACAUCGCCGUGUAUUUUACAGUUACCCUCUGCCUCUUGGUCAGCGGAUGCGUCGUGUGGUGUUUCAAGCGUCACGCCUCUGA